CCCAGUGCCGUAGGCCGUAGGCCGAGCCCCAGCCGAGCGAGCUAGCGGCUCCGUGUGGCCGUCGGCGAGUGAGAGAGUGAGGGAGAGGCAGGAGAGUGAAGUGCGAGGCCCGGCUCCCACCGGAGUCCACGUCCCUUCAGACGAGUCCUUGCACCUUCCCCGCCCACCCCGCCUUCCUCCCCGGCCCGGUUUCAGGGCCACACCGCGGAGCCUGCGGCCUGGCGCAGGAUGGAAGAGGCGGCGGCGGCGGCAGGUGAAGGAGGCGGCGGCGGCAGCGACGGCAACAGCGGCGAUUCAGCGGCAACGCUCCGGCGAGGGAAGAACGACAGCUCGGCCGAGGAGAACGAGCCUAGUGCCGCGGCGGCUCGACGGCGAAGCAGGAGGCAGGGGCCUGCGGGGGAAGAGCGGAGCGGUGCCGGGGCAGCGGGCGGCUUGGAUCCGGCCUGCCAGGCCGCGCACAACGGCGAUGCCCCGGGCGACGGGGACCCGCAGCAGCAACAACAACAAGCGGUCGGCGGGACAGCAGCAGCAGCAGCAGCAGGCGGCAACGCCGCCGAGUUGACGGCCGAGGCGCCGGGGCAACAGCAACAGGAGAGGGCCGAGGCGACCGGGCCCAGGACUCGCUCGGCCAGUCACAGACUGUGCAAAGCCAACGCCGGCAACAGGCGGCGGUCCCCGCCGGAGGAGGAACAAGCCUCACCUGCAGCCGGCAGCAGGUGCAAGGCGGCCGAGUCCCCCGCCGACAGCGAGAGCGACGGCGAGGCAGAGUCCGAGGAUCCGAGCUACGAAGUGCAACAGGGCCGCAGGAUCCUCAGCGAGUUCCUGCUGGACAAACACAAGACGCUGACAGCGCCGUUCGUUCAGCCCGGCGAGCCGGAGGGCGGCUGCCAGCAGCAGCAGCAGCAACAACAGCAAUCCCCGCACCCGCAACAAACCGUCUGGUUCCGCAAGAUGGAAGAGAAGUUCGACAACAACCAGUACGGCGGCAUCACGGACUUCGUGGCCGACUUUCGGCUAAUGCUGGAGAACUGCUACAAGUUUCACGGCGUGGAUCACUGGCUCUCCAGGCAGGCUCAGAAGUUGGAGAUGAUGCUGGAGCAGAAGUUGACGCUGCUGUCAAGACCACUGAGAGAAAAGACAACCAUCGCUGUUACCUCAAAAGGGCGUUAUGGUUUAGAAGAGGAGCGAGGAGCCACUCGUCGACGUUCCAUGCCACGCAGCUUAGGGGGCAUGUCUACAGGCGUUACUGAAUCCAUAAUGAUUCAAGCUUUGAGACAAGAAGAACAGCAGCGAGCAAGGGAAGAAAAACGAUUACGUGAGCAGGAGAGGAAGGAGGCAGAAGAAGCUGUCCAAAAAGAAAUUGAAGAAUGGGAAAAGAAUCUACGAGCCCAGGCUGAACCUACUCGCAUGGAGACCCUUUGGGAGAUCCCUGCCGUUGGUCAUUUUCUGUGUUUGGCUCAGCAGAUUCUUAAUUUGCCUGAAAUUGUCUACUUUGACCUUGAACGUUGCCUUCUAAUGCCGAAGUGUAGUACGUUUCUGGCUAAGAUUAUGACUUCUUUACUGAGCCCACAUCAUCGUCGUGCAACUUUACACCGUAAGCCACCUCUGCCAUACAGAAUGUGGGAGGCUGCUUUGAAAAGAAAAGUGCAGCAUUGGUAUAUGGUGGUGGGCCAGGCAGAAAAUCCCAAUCUUCAGGCUGAAAAACUGGGGCUUUGUCCACAGUUUUUCCAUGUUCUGGGAGAGACUAGCCCUUUAGAGAUCAAAGCUUUCCAUCAGAUAGCAUUCUAUAAGCGAGUUUGGUUGCUGAAGGGCCUAAGUGAUUAUGUAUAUGAAACUCAAAAUGAGGUCCAAGAUGCAGUUUUGGGGCAGCCUAUCCAUGAAUGCAGGGAAGUAGUAUUAGGAUAUGAUUCUCAUGAGAAUGCCUAUGUCCAUUUCCCACAGUUCUGUGGCGCGGACUUGCGGGUUUAUAAACAAUGUCCUCUUCCACCACCUGAGUUUCCUAUUCCACCAAUCAAAAUCCACAGGAUGUUGCAGCAGAGGUCGGAGGAGGCAAAAAAAAGGCUUUCAUCGGAAAGCCAGGAAAUAGCAAAAAGUGACAAAAAGGAAACCACUAACAAAAUAACUCACAAUUCUAAAAAGUCCACUGAAGGAAUUGACUCCAAUGACCUGGAAGGUUUUUAUGUGAAACUGGAAUCAAGUUCCCAGUUUCUUUCUCAAGGUGAAGAAGAAAUACAUUUCAAUUGUGAAUGUAAAAAUCAUAGAAUUUCAGGAGUGAAAAAAGAAAAUGUAGGUUCCUGUAAAGAAAACUUAGUCAAGCCUGCCAGCCCAGGCGAAGUUGUGGGUUAUGGGGAACCUCUUAGCCCAGGAGAAAUUAGAAUAUCGGAAAAUGGAGAGUUCUGUACAGAUGACCCUGAGUUAAGGAAAGGUGUGAAGCCAUUGACUGAAAAAGCAAUCAAAAGUUGUAAAACGCUCAUUAAUGGAAGUCAUUGUGAAAAUUUGGAUGUAAGCUGUCUGGUUGGUAAAAUAAAUAAUAUUUCUGCAAAGCAUUUUAUGGGAAAAAUUGAGGAACUUGAGAUGGUUAAGCUCCAUGUCAAGAAAAAGAAGAAGAAGAAAAAGAAAUUGAAGGAUACAUUGAACAAGAUUUCACAGUUAAGACCAGAUAGAGCAUGUCCCAAUCCACUGAAGCUUUGGAAGCCAGGAAUCCAGAAAAAAUCUCUACUGAUGAAGAAGAAAACAAAACACAAAAAGCACAAAUCGGCAAAGAAACCAGAUUCAGAAAAGACCGAUGAAAAGAAGAAGAAAUUGAUACCACCACCAUUGCCUACAAUGCCACAGUUCCAGCUUGUUUGCACUAGUCUUGAUGAACUCAGGGAACUAAUUGCCAAAAUAGAGGGAGAGCUAAAAGAACUGGAAAAUAAUAAGAAGAAAUCUGAAAAAUGGUUUUACAGGCGACAAGCUUUGAAAGAUUUACACGGUACCCUUGGACGAUUGUUGAAUGAACUGUUGCCAUGGGAACAAAAGCUAAUCAAAGCUUAUCAGAGAAAUCGAGCUCGAAUGAAGAAAGACUUUGAUGAUUUUCAAAAUCUGCCUGAUAAUGAUGCAUUCAUUAGAGAUACCUUGCAGAAUGAAGAAAUGGAUGCAGAACUCAUGAAAGACAUGGCUCUAAAUGAAACAGCUUCCUCAAACUCUGAAGAUCAUCAAGAAAUAGUUAAGCAGGAAUGCUCUGAAAUAGAUGACAUGUUGCAGCUAGAUGCAGAGCUAUCUAUGACCAGACUGAAGCCACUGAGAAAAGAAUGUUCCAGCAAAGAAACACAGAAACAAGCUUCCAAGAAUCCUAAAAGGCAAAUUAAAUGUAAUGAUCUUGAAUGUUCAAAGGAAUCUCCACCUUGCAAAAAGACCAAAAUAAGCACAAAUGACACUGCUGCAAAUCUCAACAGACUAGAUGCAUCAUUUGACUUUGAUGUGGGAAACCAAAAGAUUGAAUCAAAAUCUGCAACAGGACAGCAGCCAAUUGAUUCAACCAACUUGAGCAAACCUGAAGAACUAUUUGUCAAGUCAGAUAAUUCAAAAGGGGAGAUAGCCAAUGCACCGCGAUCAACAGUGCAGAAAGGGACCAAACCUAUUCAAGCCUUACUUGCAAAACACAAAGGGAACAAAGUGACCUUAACCACUCAAACAUCCUCCCCUGUAACAGAGACAAGCAGCCCAGAAGAGAUGACAACUUCAGCCACAUUACAUCCUAGUCCAGUGAAAUUCUGUUCACCUCCUCCUGUGUCUCCAAAAGGUCCCCUACAAAUGUUAUAUAAAAUGCCUGAUGGAUCCUGUGUGCCAAUUGAUCUAAGUAACAGCCAGAUUAAGAUGAUUGCAGUCCAACCUAUUAUUGACCCAAAAUCUGGAGAAAAGAUUAUGCAGCAGUUACUUAUUUUACCCAAAAACUUCCUGGCUCAACAGCAAGAUGGUAAAUAUGUUGAAAAGGGAAGUUCACCCAAGCCACAAAGGGAACUGGAGAAACAGGCCUCUAUUGUGUCUCAAAAUACUAACUUGGAACAUUUUCCUUUGGUUGACAUUCAGUGCCUGCCGCCUGUUAAAGUUCAGCCACAAAUUUCCAGUUUAACAAAAGGCAGGAUCACGCCAAGUACGGCAACAGCAACAAUUUCUGCGGGUCAACCAACGAGAGUUACGUCAUCUUCGUACAAUUUCUUGGCAUCGUCAACCGUCGUUGUAUCAGAUAGAAGGCCGGAGAUGUCGACCAUCAUGGCACCUGCGGUUUCAACAUCAAGCACUGGACAAAGACAGUCAGCAUCUAUUCAGUCUAUAACACCAACAAAGCUACAGAGCAGAUCAGUUACUAACAUUGGAACAACAUUGAGCUCUAACUCACAGCAAUCAAAGGAAUCAACUGAGGUAAAACAAGAGCUUAAAACUGUGUGCAUAAGAGAUUCUCAGUCUAUUUUAGUCAUGACACGUGGAGGAAACACAGGUGUUGUUAAGGUGCAAUCCAGUUCAGACCAAAAGUCACCUAACGCUAUUAAUCCCAGGCCAAUAUUUACUUUUUUACCAGAGGUUCAGAACUUUGUUGUAUCGAAAACCCAACCAUCAUCACCAUUUACUUCUCUUGUACCAACGCAGACUUCCCUUUCAAGCCUAGGUCAGCUCCCUGUUUCCAGUUCUGCUUCAUCGGUUCCAUUGGGCCUAAAUAAAUUGGCUGGGGAAACAGUUAAGCUGGGACCUAACAAAACUGUGAGUAAUUCAGGUGUGGUACCUGUUCGUAUACCUCUGCCCACAAUAUUGUCUGCUGUUUCAGACAGUCCAACUGUGCACACCAGUUCCCCCAACACCUUGAAUAUGGUCAGUGGUCCCCUGGGUGGCUUAAAUAGUGGUGGUCCUGUCCAAAAUAAGGUAGCAAUAACUCAAGCACCAUCACUGCAAUUCUCUCUUGAUGCUACAAGUUGCAAACAGCUAUUUCUUACCCCACCAGAAAGUAAUAAGACAGGAGAUGGUGCAUUUUUGGCUGGAACCACAGUGCCAAAACUUCUAUUGGUUCCGAGUCCCUCUGCUGCACCUUGUGGAACGAAUCAAGUCAGCCUGGCUGCUAAUGCACAACCUCAAAAGUUAAUUUUUAUGAGUCCACCUACAACAUCAAUGUCCUCGCCCUCUAACUUAAUAUUAACAAAAUUACCCCAUCCACCGCAUGCUCCACUACUAAACACAGCACCGAUGUCCGUGAAAAAUCCAGAUCCUUGUCAGGUUGUGCUGGUACCAUACACCAGAGAAAUGCCAAUGAAGACUAAUACAUUGCCUGGCCCAUUCCAGGUAAAAGAAAUUAACAAGGGAAAUCCAGCUCAUCUUGCUCGUAACAAUAUCCAAAAUAUCCCAGGAAUCAAUGCUUUGCCGAACAUACCUGCGAAGAUUGGAGAGGGAUUACCUGCCACACGUGCAGUCUUACCAACAACUUGUAUUAGCACUUCAGCAAUUCCUUCAGUUGCACUUGGGAAUCGAAACUCUGUAUCUUUUAAGAACUCCACAGGAAUUAAAAUGUCUGUUAGAAAUGCACACACAGUAGCAACAACAGCUGCAGGUGCAACUAUUCCAUCGCCAACGUUUGGAACUUUUGGUUCCCAACCCACUACAUUACUUAAAAUAAAUGAAAACAUAUCUAGAUCUAAUCAAACAUUGUUGUCAACUAGGCAUCCUGUUGCUAUUUCAACAGUGAAAGCAGAACACCUUGCUUCAUCAAUGCUUCUUGCAUCUGUACAGCCAAAGGUGCCACAGCAGACACUGACUCCAUCUCUCUCUUUGCCAAUUACAACUGCUUUACCUAACCCAAUCACAGUCAAUUCAAAGAUAGUACCAGCAAGCGCUCAACCUAUAAGUAUAGCCUUUAACCCGCAAAACUCGCAUUUUUCAAAAGACACUUGUCAAACAGUCAUUCUCGAUUCCAGAAUUCCGAACACAAUAGCUUCACAAAACCCAAUCACUGCUCAAUUCAAGAUCAACCAGAACCGCUCAACCAGCUGGAUUUCAAAAGACACUUGUCAAACAGUCAUUCGAUUCCAGAAUCCGAACACAAUAGCAUCACAAAUCAAUUCAAGUACUGCUCCCAGGUUUGCAUCUGUUCAGGCACCUACUCGCCCACCAGCUGGAGGUAAUGUGAUGUCUUCAACUGUUUUGGGUCUUAAUUCAACACAUCAAACUACGUUACCCAGUUUAACAAAGCAUCCUGUACGUACUAAUACAGCUACUACAGCUACUUCCCUAAUGCAGCCUGUAGCUUCUGUGCCAUCCUCAGUCAGCAGAGUUUCUGGACCACUAGAUGAGUCUUGUAUACGGCAGAAAAUAGUUAUCAACACAAGCACUCCUUUGGCACCAGGAACUCAAAUAGUCAUCAACAAUCAUCGGUUUAUUGUUCCACCUCAAGGCCUUGGAUCUGGUAGUCACGUCCUGCUGAUUUCUAAUACACUGAAACAAAGUACUCCAGGAUUUCAUGCAGGAACUGACGUUACAACUGCUUGUCAGAAGGCCUUGAUGGUACCUGCUGUAUCCCACUGUUCUCAAUCCUCUCUGUUGCCUUGUGUUCCUCCAUCUGAAAAGUUACUUCAUAAUCUCUGUCCUCCAAGUACUCCUCAAAUUAUAACUGCUGUUUCUAAAUCCGCUCAGUUCACAACAGGAUCCACACAGCUAAAUGUUUCUGCAGCAAGAUCUCAGCCUCAAACGAUAAUAUCUAACUUCCAAGCCACUACAACCCAGACUGCCACAGUUCUUCCUGUAGACACAGCUUUCAACAAGUUAUUGGUCAGUCCAGAGGGAGCUGUUUUAAAUGCUAUUAAUACUGUGGGUAAACCAGUUGCAAAAGUAGUAUCACCUUCCUCUCUGACUUGUGUUUCGGGGAAUUCGAAUACUAGUGCUGCUGUCGUCUUCCCGGCAUUAAAGACUUCUGAAGUCCUUGAACCUACCAGAACCAUUUCAGCAUCUUCCAGUCUUUGAACUACGACUGCUGUAAAUCAGAACCAUGGGGAACACAAGAGCCUUGGGCAGGACUGGAAUCAUUCUUAGAUUACGUUUUUGGUUUAGGGUUAAGGCACAAUUUAUUACAUCAGCCGAACUCUAUAAAAUAGUGACUGAGACAUUAAGAGGCACAAUAUUUAUUAGUCUGCAGUUACUAAAUUCCUGUUGCAAGGAUGCUUUCCUAGUGUUGUCUCUGUGAAACUUGUGUAUUUCAAUGUACAAAACAAUGUUUAAAAUUGUAAGACGGCAAAUUUUGAAGGUACUUGUAAAUUUCCCCUGGUUUAUAAUUUUAACAAAAGCUAGCAAUUAUAUUGAUUGCUUACUGUGCACUCAAAAGCUUCUUGCACACUUGCAGUAUGAUCUGUAUUGAUGUCCAUAUCUUUGGUAAGCUGCAAUGUUCCACUUAAGUGUGUGACCUUUUUUAAAAAAAAAAUGUGCAGUUCAAAACAGAGCAUUGGACUUGUUUAUAUGCUGUUGCUGCCUUUUUAAAGUAUUUAACGUAGAAAACUUCUGCAGUUGUACAGAUGUAAAUACUUUUGAACCCAGAAAGUUGUACUAAAGUGAAUGUACAAAAGAAUUUUGCUAAUUUAUUUGUUUGUUUAUAUAAUGUAUAGGUUUUUAAGCUGUUUAGUAGCUUUUAAGGACCAUUGUUUAGAAAAAUGCAGACAGAUCUGCAUGAUUAAAAUGUGUGCAAUUGUUAUUUA